AUGAGUAAACGAUCAGCUAGUCCAAGUGGGACGCCGACCAAAAGGGCCAAAAAGCAUCUCGUUUCGACAAUUCACAAGCACUACAAGACAAUCAACAAUCAAGAUGACUACAAGCACAUGUACAUUGCAGUUGAACCCUUGGACGUUUUCUGUUGGGGAACUGGUUCUAUGUGCGAGCUGGGUUUGGGACCCUCUGCCAAAAAUAAAGAGGUGAAAAGACCUCGAUUGAAUCCUUAUUUGGGAAAAAACCAAUCCAAGAUCGUGUCGUUUGCAGUCGGAGGUAUGCACGUUUUGGCUUUGGGUCAAGAUAAUAGUGUGUGGUCGUGGGGAACCAACGACUCUGGUGCUUUGGGUCGUGACACUUCUGGUGCCAACGUUCAAUUGAAGGACAUGGACGCCAAUAACAGCAGUGAUGACGAAGACGGAGAUUUGAACGACCAGGAAAGCACGCCCAUGAAGCUCGACGAGAAUUCCUUGCCAUUGAAAGACCAAAAAGUAGUGCAAUUAGCGGCUGCUGACAAUUUCAGCGCCGUUUUGAUGGAUAGCGGAGACGUUUACGCUUGGGGUACUUUUAGGUGCAACGAGGGUAUUUUAGGCUUCUAUAAAGACACAAUAAACUUGCAGAAAACACCCUGGAAAGUACCCAAAUUCUCCAACUCCAAGAUCGUUCAAAUGGCUGCCGGAAAAGACCAUGUCCUCUUUCUAGAUGAGGCGGGGAUUGUCUAUGCAUGGGGUAACGGCCAGCAGUAUCAACUGGGUAGAAGGAUUUUGGAACGUUCUCGUUUAAGAACUCUAGACCCUAGAGCAUUCGGCCUCGACAAUAUCAAGUACAUUGCGUCAGGUGAGAACCAUUCAUUUGCCCUCAACAAUGACGGAAAGCUGUACAGUUGGGGAUUGAACCAAUUCGGUCAAUGUGGUGUUACCGAACAGGUUGAAGACGGUGCGCUGGUAACAGUUCCUACCGAGGUUCUUCUACCAGAGGGCACUAAAGUGAAAAUGGUUGCCGCUGGAGAGCACCACUCUCUUGUCUUGUCAGAAGAAGGUGAACUAUUUACCUUUGGGAGAUUCGAUAUGUUUGAGAUUGGUAUUGCCAAAGACAAGCUACCCGAACAGACGUACAUUGAUGUUCAUAACAAACCUCGUGCCGUCCCUGUUCCAACAAAAUUGUUGGAUGUUCCACGCUUCAAAAACGUGGCCGCUGGUUCUCAUCACUCGCUGGCUGUCUCUGAAGAUGGCGUUGUAUUCUCUUGGGGAUUUGGAGAAACAUACGCCGUGGGAUUAGGUCCCUCUGGGGACGAUAUAGAAGUUCCAACAAGAAUCAAGAACACGGCAACUCAGGAUCAUAAUGUCAUGUUUGUCGGAGGUGGCGGCCAGUUUUCAGUGUCAGGCGGUAAAAAGUUGAGCGAGGAAGAAGCCGAAAAACGGGCCGACAAAUACGGCGACUGA